CUCAUAUAAGGCAAGGCUCGAGGGAGUUGGCAGUGCGCGCCCGCGUCAGCGCUGCACAGCGGGCAGCGCCGAGUGACGAGAUGAAGCGCUGGUCGGCGAACGGGCAGGUCCAUAGUCGAGCGAGCUCGCCAGCUUGAGUGCGGGCGUCGGCGUCGGCCUCGUCGCAGCCGCAGCCGCAGCCGAGCAUGGGGCCUUCGAGCCGCCGAUUGUGCCAACAGCGCGGCCUCAGCUCCCCGGAGCAGCACCGCCGCAGCCGCAGCCGCGGGCCCCUGGCCGCCGCCUAGGCCGGCCCAGCCCGGCCGCCUGCAACCAAAGUUCCUAUUUUCAGUCGGUAGCUCGCCGGCCGAGCGCCCGAGCGCCGAUCGACCGACCGACCGACCGACCGAACGACCUACCGAACGACCUACCGAACGACCGAACGACCAAUCGAACGCCCGUCCGACCGACUGACCCAACCCAACCCAACCCGAACCUUCUAACUAACCGACCGACCGACCGACCGACCGACCGACCGACCGACCGACCGACCGACCGACCGACCGACCGACCGACCGACCGACCGACCCACCGACCGGCAGAUUGACUGACUGACCAGGAGCGCGCCAGCGACGAAUCGGACUCCCGCGCUCAUUAGCCGGCCAAUUAGACGCUCGGCUGCGCGCGCAAAGUUCCUGUCUCGCAAGAGACCAACCUGCCGAGCGUUCAACGCACGGAACGUGUCCUACUCCUGUUGCACCGAGCGCCAAGCAUGCAUACCUUGAGAUCUGCAUACCCGUAACACGUUAUGGGCAUAUAUUAGCUAUAGAUCCAAGAGCGCCGCACGCUUUAUACCCACCUCUUCUACAUUACAUUUAUAUGUAUACACUAUAAAUCUUAUAUAUUCUGCACACACACACACACACACAAAUCUCUGCAAGCGAGGCGACAACUUGUACAAAGCCCUCGACGUCCGCAGUUGUGAAUCGACGACGAGCAACAAUCAACUAGUGGUUAAGCAAGAGCCGUGUAAUGCUGGAUCGACGAGGAGGCCGCGGUCACCCUCGAUUGCCCGCAAGAUUCGCUCGACAGAUAUUCAGAAAUCAUUGUGUCUUACGGUCGCGCACACGAGGCGCGUCCGGCAAUAAGGCUCGCCAGAGCACACGCAGUUCCUAGCUUAUUUUCUAUACAAGUGAAAGCGAGCGCCAGAGAGAGUGUAUCGCGAACAAGCAAUUGCAAACGCAGCACAAUAAGCAACGACAGAGAGAGAGAGAGAGAGAGAGAGAAAGAGAGAGCGCGCGAAUGUGAGUGCGUGUGCGUGCACAUGUGUGCACAACAAAGUUCCUAUGUAGCAGUGACUUGGUUGAGGAGUCUGACCAAGUGCAAGCGAUAAGCGACUAUCGGCGAGGAUGUCGAGCAUAAGCGUAGUGUCGAGCUCGUCGGUCGAGGUAGAAAGCGACUCGUCGGUGGAAGCCGAGGGUAUGUCUGUGCAAGUGCAAGUGCAGGUCGGUACCGAGCUGGAGCGCAAGUUCGUGCUACCGAACGAGCUUUACAAGAGUCUACUGGCGAGCGCGGUCCUCGGCAAGACGGUGCUCAAUCGCAACCUCUCGUCCGCCCUCAAGGAGCUCAAAGACCUCGAGGACCUGAAGGACAGCAAGGAUAUCAAGGGUUUCAAAGAGCCCCGAGACCCCAAGGACAGAGCCAAGAGUCCGGACCUCGGCUGCGCAGCCUCGCUACCGGCCUUCCCGCGCAACCUGGCCCUCCGCGCGAGCGCCCACGAGCAGCUCGAGAAGGCGUCGUUCGCGUGGUCCGAGGGCGGUGGCGACGAGGGCGGCGGAGGGGGCGGCGGAGGCGGCGGCGGCGGCGCGCUCGGCGGCGCAGCCGGGACCGCUGGCGGCGGUGCCGGCAGCAGCGGCGGACUGGCCCACUGGGUCAGCGUCAUGGCCGAGCACAUCCACAACCCGCACACGACGAGCGUCCACCAGCAGCAGUCCUCGUCCCCGCAAAGCCCCUACCCCUGGAACAACGGCCUCAACUCCGACUCCCAAUGCAACCCACACGACAAAGAAAGCGAUUAUUGGGGAGGCGCGAGGGGAGCUAAGCAAGGAUAUGAGCACUUCUUGUUGCAGGCCAAAAUGAAUGCCGAACACGGCCAAAUGCAGAAAGGAGACGAUCAGUAUCGCGGAGGCGGCGGCGCUGGCGGCGGAAGCAGCAGCGGCAGUCCUCCGGCGAGUCUGCUGGUGGUGCCGCAGCCGCUGAGCGUGAAGCCAUCGCAUCCUGCGCACCUGAAUCCUCAUCUUGGCGGAGGCCACUCGCACCCGCCGCGCAAGUACCAGUGCAAGAUGUGCCCGCAGUGGCGUCGUUUCAAUUUUUUCGAUCUAAAAAAAGACGUCGAUUCUGGAAAAAUUGCCGAAGUCCUUGGGGAUGCUCGAGUCACUGCUGCUACAAGUGGCAAUGGACAUUUGGUAUUUGGUGACAGUAUAGGCAAUGUUCAUCUUGUUAAUAGACAAUAUGAUAUUGUUUCCUUUAGAGCCUAUGAAACUACGUUAAGAAUUACUCAACAAGUGCAAAAUUCUAUAUACCUAUUCACAAUUGGUGAAGAUGAACCUGGAUGUAAUCCAACAAUAAAAGUCUGGAAUUUAGCUAAAAAGGAUAAACAAGGUUACCCUUUAUGUAUUAGGAUAAGUAGAGCCAUUCCUAGUUAUAGAGCCGUACCAGCAAGUGCUUUAUGUGUUCAUGCUAGUCUAACAUUAAUGGCUGUUGGAUUUGAGGAUGGUUCUAUCAUGCUUUACAGAGGUGACUUGACCCGAGAAAGAAAAAAUAAGAUAAAAGUGUUAAAAGACAGUAAUUCAAUUAUAACGGGACUUGCAAUAAAAUCUACAGGAAAACAAAUUUAUUUGUUUGUAGCAACUAUGAAUAGUGUUUAUUUAUAUAAUAUUACAGUAAAAGAUAAAGAGUUCAAAUCUUCCUUAGAUAAUAUGGGUUGUUCUAAAAACUGUAGUAUCCUUGCAGAAUCAAAGCAAGACAGCCAUUUUAUGAUUGGUCGUAAUGAUGCUGUUUAUUGCUAUACUCCGGAUGGAAGGGGGCCAUGUUAUGCAGUGGAAGGUCAAAAAAUCAUGCUCGAGUGGUUCAGAAGUUAUCUUGUAAUUAUAGCUAAAGAUUCAGGAUCUGUACAUAGAACAACAUCUGUAUCUUCAAAGUCAAGUGCAAUUGAACCUAUACCUGCUGGAGCUGAGAAACAUAUGAUAACAGUCCUUGAUAUUCAAAAUAAAUUUAUUGUAUUUUCUGCAUCUAUGCUAUUUGUUCAAGCAGUAUUAUCUGAAUGGGGAGGUUUUUUUAUAUUGAGUGGAGGCUGCAAAUUAUAUCAUUUAGAUGAAAAAGAUUUGCAAUCAAAAUUGGCGCUUCUAUUCAAGAAAAACUUGUAUGACGUUUCUAUUAGAAUAGCUAAAAAUCAACAUUAUGAUAAUGAAGGUCUGGUCGACAUAUUUCGCCAGUAUGGAGAUCAUCUUUAUUCCAAAGGAGAUCAUAAUGGUGCAAUUGAGCAAUACAUUAAAACAAUUGGCAAGUUGGAACCAUCUUAUAUCAUUAGAAAGUUUUUAGAUUCACAGCAUAUAGACUACUUAACUACAUACCUUCAAGCCUUACAUAAACAAGGUCAAGCAACUGAAGAUCACACAACUUUGUUGUUGAAUUGUUAUACUAAACUUAAUCACACCGAUAAAUUGAAGGAGUUUAUUAUGACGAAAGAUCGUGAAGUUGAUUUUGAUGUUGAAAUAGCCAUAAAAGUUUGUCGACAAGGUUCACCAGAAGAUGCACUGUUAUUGGCACAAAAACAUGGAAAACAUGAAUGGUAUCUUCGGAUUCAAAUAGAAGAUAAAGCGAAGUAUAACAAAGCUCUGGAAUAUAUUGCCACUUUAGAUUUUGAAGAAGCAGAAAUGAAUAUGAAAAAAUAUGGAAAUAUUUUGAUAGAGAACGUUCCUAAUGAAGCAACACAGUUUUUAAAGACUCUUUGUACGAACUAUAUACCAACUAAUAAAACAUCCAACAAAGAGCAACCUCCUGAAAAAGCUAAUCCUGAAGACUUUAUCCAUUUAUUUUUAAAUAAUUCUGAAAGAUUAGUGGAAUUUCUUGAACAUUUAAUCAAGACUGAUGUCAAAUGGAGCACGUCGGUUUAUAAUACCUUAGUUGAACAUUAUUUACAUGUUUGGUCUUCUUUAACUGAUGAUAUAGCCAAACUACAGUAUGAACAAAAAGUCGUUCGCCUUAUGCAGAGUUCUAAUGCAUCUUAUGACAAAGACCAGAUACUCAUCUUAUGUCAUCAACAUAAUUUUGGACGAGGAGUUUUAUAUUUAUAUGAAGAACGAAAAUUAUAUCAAGAAAUAUUACAAUAUCAUUUGAGAGAAGGGGACAGUGAACAAGUUCUAGCUACUUGCAAUAAGUUUGGUCGCCAAGAUCCUAAUUUAUGGAUUCAAGCAUUAUGGAGCGUUACUUGGAAUAAACAUGCUCCACCUAAAUUUUUAUCUGACAUACUUGAUUACAUAGCUAAGGAAAAACUAUUGUCCCCACUGAUGGUGAUAGAUGCGUUAUCAACGUCACGAACCUGCACUCUAGGAGAUGUUAGGAGCUACUUAAAUAGCGUGUUGCGACAAGAGCAUGAACAAGUAAAAGCUGAUACUGAACUAACUAAAAAAUAUCAAGCCGAUACUGAAAAAUUAAGAGAGCAAAUACAAAGUAUAAAGAAUAGUACAAUAAUUUUUCAAGGUUCACGUUGCAGUGCUUGUCAUCAUCAAUUGGAAUUGCCAUCAGUGCAUUUUAUGUGCCAACAUUCUUACCAUCAGCAUUGUUUCCAAAGUUUUUCUGAAAAUGAAAAUGAAUGUCCAGCUUGUUUACCAAACAACAAAAAAUGGCUUGACAUUAUAAAGGUGCAAGAACAAUCAAAAGAUCUCCACGAAACCUUUCAUAGUUUACUAGAUAAAGCAGAAGACCCAUUUUCUUUAGUAGCUGAUUAUUUUGGUCGAGGUGUUUUCAAAAAAUUAAUGUUAAUAACAGAGUGGCAACAAUCGCAAGCGAAUAAGCUACAGUCCAAUAUUAAUCAAGAACAAUCAACGCCCUACAAUGCUUAUGGGCCAGGAGCCGAAGCUCAAAUCAGAUUAACAGAGGGUAAAAACACUACGUUAGUUCAACCACACGAGUUACGUGCGACAAACGAUUUAUUGCCAUCUCAAUCAACGGCUAGUAAUUAUUUACGCUCAUUAAAUAAGCCCGAUAUCUAUCCGUCAUCAUUGAAAGCUAACAUAACGGGAAGUGACAUUCGGACGCCUCAAGCUACUUCAAGAAAAGAAUCGACAAUACCAAUCCGAGAAGCUAAAAUUAUAAAUAAUCCAACGCCAAAGUCAUCACCAGCUGAUAAAGCAUUUAUACCACCAAAAACACCAAUAGUGCCAUCAAAUCCUUUUAAAGAAGAAUAUGACGAAUCGAAGAAUCCUUUCGCGGAAGAUGAUGAUAAAAAUAAUCCAUUUAACGAUGACUAUGACGAAAAUUAUGACAAAAACUUGAAUCGAUUUUCUCAUUAAUCUUUCAAUCAAUACUCUGCAAGAGUAUGUCAAGUAAGAAUUAAUAUGUAUGUAUAGCAUCAUUUUGUUUUUACACUUUACUAGUUUAUUUUAAAGAUUAGUAAAAUUUUGUAUCGAAUUACGUAAUUUAUAUGUAUAUGUAUAUU